AUGAAGCGCAAUAAGCCGUCCAUUCCCUCUUCAGGGCUAGCAGUCAUCUACGAGCCGGAUGGGAAUGAUGAGGCCAUUGUCGAUUCUCGUAUCCAGCUUGGGAGGGCAUCCAGUCAGGACUUGGCAGGUGGCGGUUCAAAAUCAAGAGCAGGAGCCCGAAAGAACGUUACGGAGGAAAGGGUCCCUGAAGGAUUUAAUCAAGUCCUCAAGCCUACGACUCAAGAGAUCAAACUCGACUUUGAGAAAGGAAGGCCAGGAGGGCAUCAUAGCACCGAGAGAACGCAAUGUACUGAGGAAGAAUCACGUCUCCAGCAGGUCAGAGUCAAGAAUUGCGGCGAAAGCAAAAGCCGAUCCCGGACCGAGACGAAACGACUCCAACCGAUUGAAACGGUCGAACUCGACUUCAUCAAAGCUGAAGUUGCUCGUCCAAGACCAAGAAUCGAAACACUGUCGACAAAUGGAAAGCUGCUGCCGGCGCAGCUCGACGUAUUUGGUCACGGAGAUGAAAUGUUACAUGACCUCGCUAUCCUUCGGGAGAAGACGAAGACUAAGGGAAGAUCCCUUGUCUUCAUUACGCAUUCCCUGGGAGGUAUUGUGGUAAAAGAGGCUUUGCGGCGAUCAGAGAACAUGGGAGAACCAAGCUUAAAGGAUGUGUUGCAUUCGACAAGAUCGAUCCUCUUCAUCGGUUGCCCUCAUCGCGACAGCCAAUAUGGCAAACUCAGCCAUGCAGUGCGCAAUAUGGCCAGCACAACCCUAAAAGUCGCAGCAGACGAUGCCGUCUUGAGAGAUCUGAGCGGUGCAGUAAGCGCCAAUCUAAACCUCAACCGCCUCGCAUUCCUCCGACUAUGGAACAAUUACAACUUCCGUGUCAAGACGUUCCACGAGAAAGUAGCCAUAGAUGCCCAGAGGAAUCGAGCCUUGACAGAUCUUACCCUUCGUCGGGAAGCCAGCUUCUUAGGCGAUCCACGGGAGCAGGCGGAAGGUAUUCUGGGGGACCACAUUGGCAUAUGUCGGUAUCGCGCUAUGGGUGACGAGGCUUAUAGGUCUUUGUCGUUCACUCUGAUGAAGAUUAUCCACGACGAGACCCAUCGACUACGGCCCAUGAGCGACAAAGAACAAGCAUUUCUGCGAACCAUCGGGCCCGCACGGCCACCUCCUCAAGAAGCCCACUCGCAACUUUCUUACCCAGGGACAUGCCUGUGGCUGUACGACAUGCCCGAGUUCCGGGCCUGGUACCAGAGGGUCAAGGCUGGGCGAGGAAGGCUACUCUGGGUGAAGGGGAAACCAGGCUCUGGGAAGUCAAUCCUGCUGAAAUCACUCCGCAGCCGAGUCGAAAAGCAAUGGGAACCUUUAGGUGCCAGUCUGAUUUGGAGCACAGCAGAAGGGAAGACUUUGGACGACGUGUUCUCUCCUGGAGCAUUCCACCGACCUCACCAAACUUCUCCCGCGGCAGUGUAUCGCAACCUUCUUGCGCAGCUAUUCGAGCAAGAUCCUCGGCUACGCAAAGCCCUUUUGAUGCUGGAGAAAAGAAAACAUGAUUCAGGGCACCAUCUAGAGGAGUUUCAUCUCGUAUCUUUCUUCCUCGAUGACUAUGUCGACCAGAAGAUCGAGACGCCGACACUUCGCACAUUCAUAUUCGUCGACGCGGCCGACGACUGUGGCGCCCCUUACCUCGAAGAGCUGGUAUACUCCCUCUCACAGCUGGCGCAGAAUUCCGACUUUAGCAUCUGCUUGGCCAGCUCCAGCCUACCCCAGGUCUUUAGUGACAACGCAACCGAGAUUGUCAUGCAUCAGAGGAAUGUGGAUGACAUCCUUCGUUUUGUUAGUCUUAACUUGAUAGCAGAAUGGGAAGAUCGCAACCACACUGUGGUGGAGAUAGGUCACAAGGCCGGAGGCUGCUUCUUGUGGGCGGAAAUCGUCGUCAACAUACUCAACUCGGCCAUCAUGGAAGGGGCAACGCAAGAAAUGAUCGAAGACACCAUCAUCGACUUGCCAGAUGAGAUAGACGACCUGUACGCCUGGCUGUUUUCAACGCUGAGCCCCGAGGAAAAGGCCGAAACCAUGACACUGAUGCAGUGGGUCAUAUUGGCUUCGGAGCCCAUGCGGCUCAACGACCUGCGCAUUGCCAUGCAGGUGACGAAGCGAUGGCACCCUCAUGAACUGAAGCCUUAUAUGACAUUCGUCCUCGGACCGGCCGGCUCGCUACGAGAUUUCCCUCACUCAGCUAGUGACGAAGGAGCAUUCGACACGCCGUAUCACUUCCAGCGCUGGAUGCGGCUACGGUCAAUCGGACUGGUCGAGCUCCGAGCUCAGGGCCGGGACGGGGUCAUGUACGAGCCUCUGGGCAUGCAAAGAGUUCAAGUCAUCCACGAGUCGGUUCGCAACUUCUUCCUGUCUGGACGCGGAUUCGCCUGCCUGUCCAGUGCCAGUCACGAGCCCCCAGAGCCAGGGACAUAUUCGCCAGACGACCUCAUCGAUCAUGGCCAUCUUUGCAUGCUCAACGCAUGUCUUGCGUUUCUGAACAUGACCGAGCUCGAUCCUCUCGGGCAAGGCAACUGUUCUGUUGCCCCGAUGUCGCCAGCAGAGUCGAAGUACUGGCGCCAGAACGUCCGCGACCAACGCCGGCUAGUCAUGUCGAGCUAUCCCUUCCUCCAAUACGCUGUCGACAACCUCGUCUACCAUCUGCUCAGCCCUCGUCUCUUUCGCUUCUUCCUCCCGCAGAGGGAGAUACUGCGGACUCUCUCGGCUAAUCGCUCGAGGCUCUGGCGCAGGUGGACGGCGUUGCUCGGCUGCAAUAUUGCAGAUCCCACUGGGACCCUGCACGCAUGCCAUGGCAGUCACACGAGGAACCUCCUCAGCCCCGUCUGCGGAGCCAGAUAUCGGCUAGAACGAGUGUUUCGCAAGCUGAGCAAGAUGGCGGCGAUGGAGCGGUACGAGACCAAUACGCCCUCCCCUGUAACUCCGAAGUCCACCAAGACGUCAUCUUCAUAUGGCUCGAGCCCGAGAUACUUUGCUGGUCCAGCCCCCUACUCCGCGCAUGUCGCAAAAGACCUUCUCAAAGCAACGACGCCGCUCGCAAAGAAGCUCGAGGCGACCGCUCUCUGGAAGUUUGGGAGAUGGGGCGCGUCCAAGGGUGUCAAGAAACCAAAAGCCGAUAGGAGCCGGGUGAACAUAGUCGAUCCGAAACUCUGUGACGACAUCAUAGCCUACAUCGGGUCCUCGCUCGAGCGGCAUAAAGGAUGCGACCUCAUCGAUAUCUACCCCGGCGCAGGCCUAUGGAGCCAGAAGCUACAUGACCUCCUCCAGCCCAGAUCCCAUAUCCUCAUGGAGCCGGACGAGACUUUCUACCGACCCUUCCUCGAACCUCUCCUGAAAAUGGACACGACAACGCUGGUCCGGAAAUCCGGCAUAGUCUGGCGAGACCUCAACGACAUUCUCAACCCGACGUAUCUUCCCCACCAGACUGAGCGAGCUCCUCGGUCGCGGGAAACGCCCGAGCGGAAUGACACCUUGUUGGUGGUAGCCAACUUGGCAUUCCACCCCAAGAAAAGCUUCCGGAGCUUCGACUCGGUCGCCAACUUGGUCCUCUUCCAGUUCAUCUCGAGCAUCCGGGCAUCGUCGCUGUUCCAAAAGUACGGCCUGGUGCGCAUGCUGAUAUGGUGCGGCAACGACGACAAAGUCGGCCUGAUACCCCGCUCGCUACAGCGCAGGAAGCGCCUGGCGAUCGAUGGCGAGCUUUCGACGGACUGGAUUUGCGAGAUUGCGGGCGUCGAGGAUACGAACGCGUCGGGGAACCGCUGGUUCGUACGCGACCGCGCGCUAGAUCUGCAAAGCGCACAGGAGAUGCUUCAAAAGCUUGAUGAGAGGGGCAUUAGCAUACCGGAGGGUCGGGAAAGCCAACUCAUCAAGGAGAUUCGCUCCUCGAAAUCCCCUCUUAGGAUUGAUUCUUCGAAAACAAUGCCGCAUCUAUUCCGGCCCUACCAGGAAGAGAAGCGAGAGUUGGAAGAACAAUUCAGUGCCGGGCUCUUUGACAAGAAAUCGGACACGUUUCUGCGGCUCAGGGACCUUAGGUAUAGGGCAGCUCGGGAAAGCAAAAAGGCUAAUCAAAUCAUCGAGCUCCUCGACGAACGGGACGCGUUAGCCGAGCAGUACGAAAAGGGGGAGGUUACCGACGAGCUCAAGGCGCGAACGGCAGAGUGGAACGACUCGAUCGACAAGCUGGUCAAGGAGAAGCAGCACGACUACCUGCUCUACCGCGACAACCAGCACAUCUUCGACCAGGACCCGCGCCUGCUGAACUGGGACCGGCGGUACGUCGAGCCCCUGGCGGUCAAGGGGACGGAGUUCUUCCCCAACGCGCCCUGCUGCCUCCUCGACAUCCAGCCCAAGGCGGUGCACCCGCUCAUGCGGGAGAUGGGCCCCUCGUCGAACCGGGCCGGCGACAUCUUCGAGCUCGUCCUGCGCGGGCUGCUGCAGCUCGCCGCGGACCCGGUCAGCAAGGCGCUCGAGAGCGUGUGGCCCGGCGCGGCCGAGGGCGUCCUGCCGCACUGCCCGAGCCUGCGGGACCGCGGGAGGGGCGGCAUGCCGUUUGGCGGGUUCGGCGAGGUCUCGGUGCGCACGCUCAACGAGGCGCAGCUCGUCGAGAUCCUCGAGGCGUGGAUGAAGUGGCCCUUCCGCCCGACGUAUUCCCAGCUCGUGGGCAGGGUCUCGGACGACCCGGGGACUGACGUGGAGGAUGAACACGCCCACUUUGACUGA